GGCAUUUCAAAGACCACUAGGUUUUGGCUGUGACUUAAGGGCCACUGGAAUUAAGCCUUGACGUUUUACGAACUAACUCAAUGCUUGGAUGGACCUCGCCGCAUCGUGCAAGUAGACCCUGGCAGCAAGACCGGACCACGAGGUUUACGCGCAUUUUCGCAGGAGACGCUCAAAUGCGAGUUGGGACCCCAAUGAGGGUCAUGAGUCGUUACCUUUACGUCAACCUGCUGUGUUACAUCUCGGUUACCCAGUUCCGAGUCUCCAUCUCAGCCGAUAAGAAACGCCGUACGAAUGAGGAACAGCGCAAGCAGCGCAACGACGAACACGACAGGGACAACUACCGCCGAGCAGAUGGCAUGGUAUAUAUUAAAGGGCGAAAUGGCCGCUUGACCAUGCGCCUGAAGAACCCAGCACCCCGGACAACAGUCAGACCCCAGUGAACCCCCACGUAUAGCUUUGCAACCCAUCUGUUUGGAAUCCAGCGGAAUACUAAUCGACAGGGAGUGUUCAUGAAAAUGAUGCUUUUCAGUGUUAAAAAGAACCCCGGGAUCCAGACCUUCUCUGAAAGAACGACUAUUGCAUCUCACGGUUGCAGUCCGGACCAAUAUCACUAACGCUUAUGCUGGUCUCAAUCUCGAGAGCAUAUACAACUACUAUGAUACGAAUGGAUUAGCCUCCACUACAGUCCUUGCAGCGAAAUAUCUGACCCACUAUAAACGCACAAGUAAGAAGGAAAUCCCUGUACGCCCACCACAUUCCACCAACACUAGACACCCCUCACCCUUUAACCAAUGACACCAUACACAUACUAACUCUAGCGGACACUAUCAAUUGAUAACCAAAUCACACAAUAGAGCAUGCUCACAAUCCAGAGACCACUCUGAUCGGGGACGCAGCCGUACGCCCACCUCGAUAAGCAAAUAAUGUACUAUGUGUAGCAUUCGACAUUGGGAGGAGAUCUGCCCUGUUUGCGACAUUUGCAAGAUGACGGGACAUUUCCGCUACAAAAGCCCGCAGAACACAACAGUAGCAUCGGUAACUACCAAGAAGGAAUGACUUACUGAUGAAACUGUCCAAGACCGAUAACAGAGGCCAGGUAUGAGGACCUACCAGUCAAAAUAUACAACGGCACGAGAGUCCGACCAGUCGUGCUGACAAAAAAAAAAUUUGCAAUACAACACAAUUUUAUCUUAC